ACUCGGAAGGUUUCCUGGUGAGGGAUGCUCACUUACCCCGGCCCCGCACACCGGAUCGCACCCCCGCGGCUGGCGGGGCCCCGGGAGCCGUCGGCCCAUCUUCCCCGGGGCAGGACGAGCUUUUUAGGGCCGACGAGCGGUUUUGCUAACACCCCCUGGAGCAGAGCCGAGCGGCUGCUGUGGAGGCAGCAGCUCCCCGGGGACCGUGCAAGCGCCGCCUGCCCAGAGCCCGCCCGGCUCCUCGCCAUUUAUAGCGGCCGGGAGGAGCCAGGACCCGUCGCAGCUUCCGCCGCUGACCCCCUGGGGCGACAGCCUGGUCACAGCAGCGGGACAGGCGCUUGGGGCAGGUGCCCUGUGCGCAUCCCAGACCUUUCCUCUCCGCCGUGCCUUGCAUUGAGCCUGCUCAGCAAAACGGGCAUGUCCUGACCUCACACUCUUGAGAUGGCAGCUGUCAAAGGGUUCGACGCCACCCACCCUGGUGACCCCCAGCCAGGGGACCUGAUCGAGAUCUUCCGGCCAGCUUACCAGCACUGGGCCCUCUACCUGGGGGACGGGUACAUCAUCAACGUGACACCUGUAGAUGAAGGGCCCCCAGCCACAUUCUCCAGUGCAAAGUCAGUGUUCAGCAGAAAGGCCCGGGUGAGGAUGCAGCUCCUGAAGGACGCGGUGGGGAAUGACACCUACCGCAUCAACAACAAGUAUGAUGGCACCUACGCUCCCCUCCCGGUGGCGAAGAUCAUCCGGCGCGCUGAGUACCUCAUCGACCAGGAGGUGUCCUACGACCUGCUUGGCAACAAUUGCGAGCACUUCGUGACGCUGCUUCGCUACGGUGAGGGUGUCUCCGACCAGGCCAAGCGAGCAAUUGGUGCCAUUGGGUUUGUCACGGCUGCUGCUGGUGCCUUCUCCUUGCUGGGCUUGCUCCGGGCCAGAUCCAGAGAGAGACAGUACUGAUGGGCCACAGGAUGAGCUGGGAGCGGGACAGGGAGCCCCCGGCUGGGAGGGACCCUGGGUAGUUUAUGGCCGCAGCUGCUACUGAGACUUACUAACAACUGCAUUGCCCUUGCUGAAGGCAUCACUAGCCUGAUUGCCACAUACACUUUUAUUUCAUUGCCUGUGAUGAUUUUUGUGGUAGUCUGGGAGCACUUGCGAGCCAAUUCUCCAUCCUCACAGCCUCAGUGCUCUGCUGAGGGCUGGUGCAAGGCUUCCUACACACAUCCCGUUUUGAUCAACUACAUCUUGUGGGCUGUUUCUGUGAAUAACCUAAUUUAACCUGCUUGAAGAAACAUUUUUGCUUUCUUUUUCUAAACAAAAGUUAUGUGAAGGUAUUGCUGAGGGUUUACUGUGUGUCCUCCAGGUGAGAGGCUGUGCAAUCAGAAAAUCAGAGGUUCCCAGGCCUGCCGAAGGGCAGAUGAGGCACGUGGUGUGUCUGAGCCUGUGCCUGCAGCAUCUGAGCUGAGCUGCUCCUCUGAGGGCAGAAGGGAGGUCUUACAGGUUCUAUCCCUCAGGGUUUUAAAUGAGUGCUCUGGAUUUGGCAUGAUGGUGUUUUGCUCAGUUUUCUCCUGCCGGGAAAGUGGUCCUUUCCCUGGCUCCUCUGACUCCCUUUGGGAGCAGCAGAUGCCCAGUCUGGGGGGUUCUGACAAAAAACCCAGCCAGCUUUUUCUCUGGCAGUCGUUUGUUCCAGAUUGGGGUCACUGUGCCACUGAAAUUUCCCUCUUCAUUCCUGUAAGUGCAGUAGUUGCUGCUAUCAGACCUCACCGAGCUUACUAGAUGAUCUUUAAGGUCUCUUCCAACCCAAACCAUUCUAUGAUUCUACUCCUUGUGCUGCCAGAGCACUGAAGUUUAAAGAAAGACCACCACGGAUUGCAAAGGCAACCAAGAGCCUCCACCCCCCAGAGCUAGGGCCACUGGCUCUUCAGUAGGCAGAAGUUGAAUUUAAGCAGUUUGUAGUCCCAGCACAAGACUGAAAUUCCUCCAGCCAGCAGGAAGGCAAAGCCAGUGUCCCUGCAGUGCUGUGGGUGACGUACCUGGAGAAUGAGCUGUGCAGCACCGAUGCCCCAUCUCCAAAUGUACAGAGCCCUGAUACUUCCUUGUCCCAAAGCUGGCGUGUGGCUUUCAUAGAAGAAAACUGUUUUGGAAAAGUGUGGUUUAUUACUCUUUACCAGGAGUAUCUGGCUUAGGUGUUUGGAACUAUGUUAUUUGCAGACGGCAUGUAAGAAAUUAAAUCCUGUGGUGUUUUUGCCACAGGCAACUGCCUGGACUGUAAGAAGAGAUGAGAGCAAAAGAGCUGUCUCUGUAAGAGGCUUGCUAUUUCUGUCUGCUCUUAACAUGUAUAUAACAGGAUCAGAAGCUUUUUUUAAACAUCAGUUGUUUCAAUGUUUGAAAUAACAAAGCCAAGACUUCUGGUUGUAAUUUGUAGUGCCCUCUGUUAUUACAUUUAAAUAAAGUUCUUUUCUAAUAUGAGAAAACGUUAUAAUAAAACUGAACCCAAAAGUC